AUGGACAACCCCGUGGAAUUGGAUGCCCUCAUCGCUGCCUGCCAGGACCUCAAGGCAGAGAAAAUAAGGUACCUGGUUGUCGGGAACGUUGCACUGAGAGCUAACGACAUCCUACCCAACGAAAAGGAGAUACUCUCAUUCGAUAUUGCCGUCGAUGACGUACGAAGCGCCAAGCGUGCACUGGUGCAAAAUCGUUUUGUUGCAGUUGACAAAGACACCCCUACAUCCUCCCUUCACAGAACCACGGGUGGCGUACGAAAGCUAUCUGCCAAAUGGCUUCCUUCCAGCCCAGUUAUUCUUCUGCUAUCGGCCUCGGAUCUUAUCGACGAGUACACCAAGUUAGAGCACUUCGGUCAAAUGACUCUGGUGCACCCUUCCCUCAAGUAUCUACCUGGUGUGGAGCCCAGGGACAUCCAAGACGUAGUGAUUGCUGACCGUAAUAUCCUGCUGCGUUCCUUCAUGGAUCAAUCCCUCCAUGGGUGCGGCGGGCGAGAGGACUUGAGAUUAGUCCACUUUGUGAUGAAGUGUAUGAGCCGUUCGCAGCUAGAAGCAUUUCGUGAAUAUUAUCGCACAGAAUCUCAAUCUUUGUUGAGAAAUGAGGGCCUUGCUACAGGAUUGGUCAAUUACGCAAGGGAUGAGGCACCACCGGCCUACAGUGAUGGAGGUGAGGGGGAACUACCGUCAUACAGCGACGGUCGCCUCGGGGCGAAACACGAGGAAUCGGGGUCGUCAUUCACGCUGAGGAAUCGAGGACUGGAAUUGGGCACCGCAAUGUCCUCAGCGGUCAGAGUGAGGAGGAAUUAUUCGCCAUCGGAUGUUCCGUUGCUGCGAGCGUGGUCAUUAGUCUUUGGUGUUGAGAUGUAA